AUGACCAUCAACGACACCAUGACUGAGAGGCUGCGAAAGAUCGACGAGAACCACAAGCUUGCGUACAAGAUUUGUGAGCACUGGUCCGUCAAGAAGGGCGGCGACGUCGAACCAUUUUUUGACCUGUUCCAUGACGAUGCAACCUUCACCACAAUUGCACAGAAGGGCAUGUUGCCACUUCUAGCUGGGACGCUCUCCAAAGACGAGUUUCGAGCAUGGGUGUUCAAGGAGUCUCGGAUCGGCGAUGUCAGCGUCAAGGUUGAAGGAAUCACGGCCAGCGAGGACCGCUUGGCCGUGGAGGCGAGCUCGGAUAUGAACAUCAAUGGUAACAGCUACUGUAACCGCUAUCACUGGUUGUUUGAGAUCAAAGACGGGAAGAUCUCAGCUGCCAGAUUCUAUCUGGACACUCUGUUUGCAAAGCAGGCUAUGCAAUGGGUUGAGGAAGCUGAGGCUGCACAGAAGGCAAAGUAA